CCUCCUCUGCAACCACUAGCCAAAUCUGUCCCCUGUGACACACAGUGGCAUCCUGAGCCACACGGACAUUUCACCUUGUUAACAUAUCUCUCUACCAAUAGCACAAACCAGUCUAUAUGGGAGGGUGGGACUAUGCAAAUAAGGUGUGACAUGCAAACAUCGUGAUCUGGGUUCUGCUUACUGCCCCCCAAAAACAUCUCACUGUGAGCAAGUGACAGCUAGAGAAAACAAGAGCAGAAUAGACGGACCAUCACAGAGAAUACAGAAGUAUAUCUUUCACUGUUAAGCAGAAAUGGGGAAACCAAACAGCAAGCUGGCACCUGAGAUGCUGCAGGACCUAGUUCAGAGCACAGAGUUCAGUGAGCAGGAACUAAAGCACUGGUACAAAGGUUUCUUGAAGGACUGUCCAUCAGGCAUCCUCAAUCUACAAGAGUUUCAGCAACUCUACAUUAAGUUCUUCCCAUAUGGUGAUGCUUCUAAGUUUGCUCAACAUGCCUUCCGUACAUUUGACAAGAAUGGAGAUGGGACAAUAGAUUUCCGGGAAUUCAUUUGUGCUUUGAGUGUCACCUCACGGGGGAGCUUUGAGCAGAAACUCAACUGGGCCUUUGAGAUGUAUGAUCUGGAUGGAGAUGGCAAGAUCACACGACUGGAGAUGCUGGAAAUAAUAGAGGCUAUCUAUAAAAUGGUUGGUACUGUCAUUAUGAUGCGAAUGAAUCAGGAUGGUCUUACCCCACAACAAAGAGUUGAUAAAAUCUUUGCAAAGAUGGACAAAGACAAAGAUGACCAGAUCACCUUGGAAGAAUUUAAGGAAGCAGCAAAAAGUGACCCCUCUAUAGUGCUGCUCCUUCAAUGUGACAUGCAGAAAUAACACUCACAGAGCCCCAGUAACUCCUGUGAGCUCCCUGCAUGCAUGUCACCACCUUUCCAGUUCCACAGUGUACAGGUCCUUCAACCUGUCUCUCAUGCUGGACUGCCCCGUCAUGUAAGAUGAACCUAACAAUGCGACAACUUGCAAAUCAGGAUUCUCAAUCCAAAAAUCUUGUUAUAUGAAAUAUAUGCAUAGAAACAAAUGUAAAACCAUUGUAGGGCAGUUUGGUUCAUUGAUUCUUGUUAUGCCUAUUAUAUUUUUGGAUUUGAAAUAAGGUUGUUUGAAGAUCAUGCACCUAUUUUUUAUUUUAAAAGGCACUACAACUUAUAGUGGAAUCCUAUGCUGCCAUACGUUUACUCUUCUUUACUCUAUAUUAGUUAUUAGAAAACCUAGGGAGUUGUCCCUGCAAUGAACAGUUUCAUUGCAUGUUUUGUCUGACUUGCCUUGCUGCACAUAAUGUCAGCUCCUGGUUCCCAUUCUGUUAGACUGUGCAACUUCUAUUAUAAUGCUUAAUUAGGGCUAUGGAAGGCUUUCAAAAGUUAGUCUGAGACAAUGGUAGCACAGACAACAAUAAACUUAUAGAUGCUAUGGAAAAAAAAGCUAAAGGAAAAUAGAUAAUCAUUCACCUCUUAAUAUUUACAUUCAACAAAUAUAAAAAAAAUAUAAAAUCAAAUUAUAGUGGCCCUUUAAAUAAUUUUUAAAACUACACAUUUAGAGGGCAUUUUCGAGUCACUAAUGAACAGUGACAUGACAGGGCAGUCAACUAUCAAGAUUUUCUUUAAAAAACAAACAAAACACUUGAAUGGUUUCUCUUCUAAUUUUGCAAUAUAUCUAUCUCUGUUUUUGCCUAAAGGCUAAAGAAGUCACUUCAUUGUAUCAAAUAAGUGAACGGUGUAAUAUAUAAAUUGUCAGCUUCAGCAAGUCAGUGAGUGCCUAUCAUUUUACAAAAAUGGGAUCUGUAGACAGAUUAUGUUAUAGCUGUAAUAUAUCAAACAUUUGAUUUGUUAUGUAUAUGGUGACUGAGUAUAUGGCUUUAUAUGAUUUACAAAAGGCUUUCUGUCUGAUCUAUGCAGUGCAUUGUAUGCUACCGAUACAGUGCUGUAUAUGUUACAAUAAGGCUGUCAGUGAUAUAGAAUCUUGCAUGUGAUAUGUAGUGUCCUAGCUAUGCAUGAUGAGUAUGCAUAGUGAAGUGCUUUGCUGCUAAAUAACCAUACAGUGUCUCACCAGUUCAGUAUAUGUGACUUUUGUGUAUAUUAUCUGUACUAACUUGUACAAUAUAUUCACCGUGCUCUGCAUUUUGAACAGUGUGGGUCCAUUUUUAAAAAUGUUAAGCACUGUUUACUGUUCAUAAAUCGUAUACUUUCUUACAA